GGGUAAAUAGGCCUAAACGAGUAAAUGAUGAAACAAAUCAUGAUGAGGUUCCUGAAAGGUCAUCUAUGUUCCCUCGACAAGAAAUGGCAAAGACCAAGCGCUGGCAGAACUUUCAAAACUCAGUUCAAACACAACCUACAUUGUCAGUUCAGCCCAAUGCACAACCAACCACAUCACAAUCGAUUUCAUCAGUUCAGGCCAAAAAACAGAUGACUUCCUCAGUUCAGGCUACAUCACAGCCGGUUCAGUCAACUCAGGCUGCAUCACAGUCUAUUUCCUCAAAUCAGGCUGUAUCACAUUCGACUUCAUCAAGUCAGGCCGAAUCACAACCGAAUUCAUUUAAGAAGCGUGUUGUUGGACGUGAGUCUACGGAGUAUUGGACCGUAGAAGCAAUAGGAAAUGUGCAACAGAAAUGCUGAAAGUCGAAA